AUAAUGUGUUGUAAUUACACGUUAUAUAUCAUAGCAGAUAGUUAUAACUUUUUUUAAUAUUAACCAAUAGAUGCUCGAAAGUCCUGAUAAGUCACGUGGAAUGAAAUUUAUAUUUUAUCGGAUAUUUAUUUCUACAAGCUUCUGCUAUCCUAUUUGUUAUAAUUUUAAGCGAUGGCCGAAAUUCAAAUGCAAACCGACGUUCCUACGCCUCAAGACGGUUUAGAGCAAACAAAUAAGAAAUGUCCUGAUCGUUGGUCCCAUCUUUACAAAAUUUUAGAUAGACGUGGUCCCUUUGCUGAUCCAAGUUUUACUCCUGGUCACGGCGAAGAAAUUUUACUCAAUACUUGUAAAGUUCUUGUCAUUGGAGCUGGCGGAUUAGGAUGUGAAAUACUCAAAAAUUUGGCACUUUCUGGUUUUAAAAACAUCGAAGUGAUAGAUAUGGACACUAUUGAUCUUUCAAAUUUAAAUAGACAAUUUCUUUUUAGACCCUCAGACGUUGGUAAACCAAAAGCAAAAGUAGCUGCAGAAUUUAUCAUGAAACGUGCUACUGAUGUAAAAGUUACCUAUUAUCAUGGAAAGAUUCAAGAUAAAGACGAUGAUUACUAUCUUGGAUAUCAACUUAUUAUCUGUGGCUUAGAUUCCGUUGACGCGCGUAGGUGGAUAAAUGCUACUCUCGUGAAUCUUGUCGAUGGUGAACCGGAACGAAUUAGAGUAUUGGUUGACGGAGGAACUGAAGGUUUUAAGGGUCAAGCUAGAGUCAUCAUUCCUACUAUAACAUCAUGUUAUGAGUGUUCUCUUGACAUGUUAAGUAAACAAAGGACUUUCCCUAUUUGUACUAUUGCUAAUACACCAAGAUUGCCUGAACAUUGUAUUGAGUGGGCAUCUGUCAUACAAUGGCCAAAAGAACGAUCAGAUAUUAAAAUGGACACGGAUGAACCAACGCAUAUACAAUGGUUAUACGAGACAGCAUUGAAAAGAGCGAAAGAAUUUAACAUUACAGGUGUUACUUACUCGCUCACUCAGGGUGUUGUAAAAAAUAUCAUUCCAGCAAUCGCUUCUACAAAUGCUAUAAUUGCAGCCUCAUGCUGUAACGAAGCAUUCAAACUUAUCACCAACGCUCAGCCAUAUCUUAACAAUUACAUGAUGUACACUGGCAAUGAAGGAUUAUACACUUAUACGUUUGAGCAUCAAAAGAAACCAGAUUGUCCCGUAUGUGGUAAUGAACGUGUCUCAAUGGAGGUUAGCAAGGAAAUAACUGUUGAAGAUUUUAUCGAAUAUCUACAGGAGAAACAAGAUAUUCAACUUAAAAAACCAAGUUUAUCGCACGCCAAUACCAAUGAAAAAAUUUAUUGGCAAUCACCGCCUUUCUUUGAACAAAAGACUAGACCGAAUCUGGAAAAGAAGUUAAUAGAAAUGGUGAAGCAGGACGACGAAAUAACUGUAACUGACACUACUUUGCCAAUUUCGUUACAAAUCGUUAUUUCCUACAUCUAAAAAAUAGUUUAUUAAUAUAAAUCGAUGCCUUAACAUAUAAUAUGUACUUUAUGUUUUUAUUUGAUUAUUAGUUUUUAUUAAAUGUAAGGAAUGAAUGGUUAUCAUAUUACAAUAAUUUUAUAUACAGUAUAUACUUAUUUACAAGGUCUGUCAUAAUUAUUAUCUUGCAGCACGAAUAUUUUACGAGUCGCAAAAUUCAAUAUCAAAUGAUACAGCCCUAUAUGCAUUUGCUUGUUACCUCAUGCAGUUUAAUUCUUUUGGUUAUUCGAUAGUCAGUCAAUAUGAACUUGUCCUAAUUUUAAUGUCUUAUAUUUAUAUUGUAUCAUAAUAUCAUAAAUUUAAUUUGCUCUUAAAAGGUUUAUAAUAUAAAUUUACUUCUUUAAUUGAAGUAAUAAUAUUUAGGUAUUUAAAUCCAAGUUAUUCAUUAGUUAUUCAUUGG